AUGGGUCUUCAGCUUCACAUCCCGCCUUGCGUCAGCGACAGCGCUCACCCGCUUCACCCACCACCAAUCGAAAAGCCCUUGAGGAUUCAGAUCGAGGGUCCCGUAGUCGCCAUACAGAAACUCCUUCCCUCCAUAACAUGGCAUACCGAUCCCUUGAACCUGGUGUUCCCGCAGCCAGCCGGCCAUGAGCUUGCAAAGCUGGCAUACCAGGCACUGUUUGGGCGGGAUGUUCGUCCUGACGUCGCUACUGAUGUGGUUGUGAGGGAUGAGUACUUGGGCUGGGUGACGGACGUGAUACCAUACAAAACCAUCGACUACUACGGAGUCACGUUCGACCACCUGGUCCCCGCCGACGAUCCCGAUCCGGACGUAUUGCAGAUCAAUAUCAUCGAGAUGGAGACAGAUGAUUGCCCAUUUGCCCACGGCGCAGAAUAUGCUAAUCAGUACCUGUUGUUUCCGGUAGACCCUGCCGAUUACGCAGGAGAGAAGGUACUCGCUGUACCGAGAUGCUGUCAGAAGAGGAAAGGCUCCCAAGAUCGGGCGAGGAUAGAUAGUUCAGUGGCCGAAAGGGGUUGCGAGAUGAAUCAAAUGAAGUUAGGUUGUUCGGGCAACUCGGAGUCAGAAGAGGAAAUGCCUUUAGACUCUCCAGCAAAGUAA